AAAAUUUAACCUUCGACGGUAAUGUGGUCCCAUUCCCAGCGGAUUCUUUAGGUUUUGAAUGUUUACAACGGUACUAUGCUCUUGCGCCGUAAAUAUUUAGAGCAAAAUUCGAGGCAUGCCACCGUUAUCAAUAUAAGCUGAGCUUUGAAAUCUGACGCUGAUUCUUGUCUCUGCCCCUGCGUACAUAGCGCUUCUGUGUGAAUUAUUGUACUAAAAUAUCAAAGAACUGAGGUUGUUCAACUGUGUAAAUCUGAUAUGUGGACUCUAUAGCUGUGGUACUCAAGUGAUUUUUAUAAGAUGAUUCCGGUGGAUGAACCUCCUGUCGGGUUCUGUGGUCCGCUGCUAAGUCAAUAUGAUCCAGCACUACUAGACUUCUUCAAACAAGAGAUGUCGUUUGGAAUCGAGAGGUUCUUCUUAUUGUCGUACUGUCUGGCGUGCUGCUGGCCAGGUCUUGGAGCCAGGAGUAACUUCAGAGUGGUGCGACAAUGGGCAGAAUUGGAGUUCGCUUUCCCGAGCGAAGCAGCCAGACGGAAUGCCCUGGAAAGGCGGUACUUUGUACCCGGGAAUUCGGUGCCCAUAGACGUCGACGUACAACAUAGACAAGGAGCGUUCCAGUCCCGGAUAUUCAUAACGAUCCCCCGGUUCGACGAGGGCCGGCCAGUGACCCUAGGUACGGUGGACGAGCAGGGCCGUGUCUCUGCAUACCCUGAUUACUCCUGGCAUGACAACCAGGGGCAGAACUGUGAUGGACUUACGUCUGUCUUCCGUAUCGCUAUAGACGAAUGCAACCGUCUAUGGGUGAUGGACACGGGCAAGAUCGGCGACCACCAGUGGUGCCCGCCGCAGCUGUUGGCUUUCAACCUGAUGAACGACAUGCUCGUCUUCCGACACCGCUUCAACCAGUCCAUCUACACCAGCACCUCGCUCUUCGUCACACCGGUGGUGGAUGUCCGUCCGCAGAGCCCGGGCGACUGCUACGACACGUUCGUGUACGUGGCAGACGUGGCCGGCUACGGCCUCGUGGUCGUGGACGUAGCGCGCUCGCGCUCCUGGCGCGUCACGCAUCGCCUCUUCUUCCCCUUCCCCAGCCGCGGCACCUUUACUAUCGAUGGCGAGAGUUUCGAUCUAAUGGACGGCGUGCUGGGUAUGUCUCUCUCCCCGCUGCGGCGCGGUAAGGACCGCUACCUGUACUUCCACGCGCUGGCCUCCACCACCGAGAACGUCGUCCGCACAGCCGUACUCAGAAACGACUCCUUCAUCGACAACAUUAAUGCUGACCCCAGAUCUAUUAAUGUGUUCCCCGAAGAGCGUCCGACGCAGGCAGCAGCCGAAGCAAUGGAUAGAAAUGGCAUCAUGUACUUCGGGCUCAUGGAGCCGCCCAGCAUCUGGUGCUGGAACUCUGCCACCGAGUACUCCCCGCGCAAUUUCCACCGCAUCGCCAUGGACAGAGAAACACUGCAGUUCGCCAGCGGCGUCAAAAUCAUCAACAACUUGAAAGGAGAACAGGAACUGUGGGUCCUCACCUCAAGUUUCCAGAGAGUUAUGACUGGAUCCUUGACUUCCGAUAGAGUGAACUUCAGAAUACACGCAGAGAAGAUCCCUAUCGUACUGGCAAAUUCUCCCUGUCUGGUGCCCCCAAAGGAUCACAACCAUGGCUACCAUGCGAAUCUUAUAGCUCCGGUGAAGCACAGUGGUUUGAGUUACAGGUAUGGGGCUGUAUCGUCUCUCUAGAGAUACGCGCCCUAGCUGACUACAUGUUCAGUCACCUCAUGUGGUAACACCAGCCAUAUUGUUCUAUUAUUUUAGGUAUUUAAUUAAAUUAUUCUAAUUAUAACAUAUUAAGUUAAUAAGAA